AUGUUAAAUCUGCCGAUCAAAAAAAUUUUCGAUAAACGAAUAGUGUGUUAUGUUCGACGUAAGCACAUUUGGACUAAGGAAAGACAUGUUAAGUCGCCUUUUAAAGAUGUUGAGAUUCCUGACCUCACGGUAUCCGAAUACAUUUGGAGCCACGUGCAUAAGUGGGAGAAUAAAACUGCAGUGGUGUGUGGGGUUACUGACCGGCAAUACACGUACGCACAGAUAUACAAACAGACACAGAUAUUAGGAGCGGCUUUAAGAAAAACAUUUAAAGUAAAAGAUGGGGACACUGUCGCUGUUAUAUUGCCGAACGUACCUGAAUAUCCUACGACAAUUCUUGGAAUUUUAUCGUCAGGUGGAGUGGUCACAACUUUAAAUCCAAUCUACACAUCAUACGAAAUACAACGCCAAAUAAAGAUGUCCGACGCUAAAUUGGUAUUUACUAUACCAGAAAUCGUCCCCGUAAUCCGGGAAGCUUUGGAACAAUGUAAAGCGAAUAUUCCAAUAAUCGUUAUGGAUUUGGAGAAGGAUAGACCGGAAGGCACUGUUUCGUUUAAAGAGAUCGUUGGAAAUACCAGCAUUGACAUGAGUGUUUUAAAGGAUGUGAAGAGGGAGUCGGAAGAUGUAUCUUUUUUGCCGUACUCUAGUGGUACCACGGGCUUACCGAAGGGCGUUGAAUUGACUCACAGGAAUUUAGUAGCCAAUUGUGUGCAGCAAGAUACGGAUUGUCGAAUGUAUGAGUUUACUACAGACUCACACCAAGACUCGGUAUUAGGCAUUCUACCAAUGUUUCAUUCGUAUGGUUUGAGCGUAGUUACACUUCAUAAAUUGUCUGUUGGAGUGAAAUUGGUGACGCUACCGAGGUUCAAACCGGAGACCCUCGUCAGUGCUUUAGAAAAGCAUAGUAUUGACAUAUCGUACUUGGCCCCACCGUUACUGCUAUUUCUGGGAUCACACCCUCAGGUAACAGCGAAACAUUUAGAUCGGUUGAGAAAUGUCUCAAUCGGGGCAGCCCCUUCGCCUAAAGCGGACAUUGAAGCAUUUUUGAGGAAAGUCCAGCGUGAUAUACAUGUGGGGCAAGCCUAUGGUCUGACAGAAACCAGCCCUCUAGCUACAAUAGCUCCACUGGGUUACAAGAACUACAGAUCGGUCGGGUUUGCUAUACCAAACGUGGAGUUGCGAAUAAUUGACGGAAACCUUAACAAUUUAGGACCAGACGAGGUGGGCGAACUGGUAAUCAAAGGACCGAAUAUCAUGAAAGGCUACAAGGGUAACCCAGAAGCCAAUAAGCAGGUCUUUCUAGAAGAUCAUUGGUUUCGAACGGGCGAUUUGGCACAAAUUUCCGAAGAAGGAGUUGUCACCAUUGCUGAUAGAUUAAAAGAACUAAUCAAGGUUAAUGCGUACCAAGUACCACCGGCAGAAUUGGAAAGUGUCUUAAAGGAACACCCUGAUGUAUUUGAUGCAGCGGUGGUACCAAUACCGGAUUCCACUACAGGACAAAAACCCAAAGCAUUCGUUGUAUUAAGAGAAAACCGAAACAGUACUGAUAAAGAUAUUUUAGAAUUUGUAAGCAGAAGAGUUGCGCCUUACAAAAGGAUAAAAGAAGUUGCGUUUUUAGAUGAAAUACCAAAGAAUCCAUCAGGGAAGAUUUUAAGAAGAACUCUUAUUGAAAAGUAUUGUUAG